GCGGUAGUAAGCAAUAUGGCCGACCUAGGGAAGAAAUACUGCGUGAACUGCCUGGCAGAUGUUACGAAUUUGCGGAUUCGCUGUGCCGAAUGCCAAGAUAUUGAACUUUGUCCGGAGUGCUUCUCCGCGGGUGCCGAAAUCGGCAACCACAGACGAUGGCAUGGCUAUCAGCAAGUUGACGGCGGGCGCUUCUCGCUCUGGGGUCCCGAGGCAGAGGGAGGAUGGACUAGCAGGGAAGAGCAGUCGCUGCUCGAUGCCAUCGAGCAAUAUGGAUUUGGUAACUGGGAGGAUAUGGCAGCCCAUGUGGGUGCAUCACGCACCCCUCAGGAGGUCAUGGACCAUUAUGUGAGCAUGUAUAUCCAUGGGAAUCUGGGCAAAGCCUGCAUCCCUGACAGCAUCCCCAACCGCGUGACAGACCACACUUGUCCCAGCGGAGGUCCGCUGUCUCCUAGUUUGACUACCCCUUUGCCCCCAUUAGACAUAUCUGUGGCGGAGCAGCAGCAGCUUGGAUACAUGCCGCUCCGUGAUGACUACGAGAUCGAAUAUGACCAAGAGGCUGAGAAACUCAUCAGUGGCCUGUCUGUAAACUACGAUGAUGAAGAAAUUGAGAUUGAGAUGAAACGAGCCCAUGUGGACAUGUAUGUGCGGAAGCUGCGUGAGCGCCAGCGACGGAAAAACAUCGCUCGUGAUUAUAAUUUAGUGCCAGUCUUUCUGGGACGGGACAAAAAGGAUAAAGAGCGAGAACGACCAGGUGGAAUAGGCGGGGUUGGGGGCAUAGGUGGAGCUGUAGGACUGGGAGGUGGUACCUCCGUUAUUCCGACAGGGUCGCUGGGCUCCUCUGUAGCAGCAAUGCCGAAACGCAAAAUCACCAAGGAAGAGAAAGAGCAACGGACGAAACUACGGACACUCUGCCAGUUCAUGCCACAACGAGAGUUUGAAGAAUUCUUUGAUAACAUGCACAAAGAGCGCAUGCUGCGGGUGAAAGUUCGGGAGCUUCAGCGUUAUCGACGGAAUGGCAUCACGAGACUCGACGAGUCGGCCGAGUACGAGGCGGCACGCCACAAACGGGAAAAACGGAAAGAAAAUAAAAGUAUUGCUGGGUCAAAGAGAGGUAGCAGUGGUGGAGGAGGAGCGGCCGGGCUUGGAGGAGGAGUUGGAGCAGGAGGUGGGCUUGGCGGAGGUGGAGGAGUCAGUGCCAUCAAAGAGGAGGGGAAGGACAGUGAGUUCUCAGCCAUCGAGAACCUGUCUGGCUUUGAGCUGCUGUCCGAUCGGGAGAAGGUACUGUGCAACUCUAUGAACCUAAGUCCCACACGCUAUCUGACUGUCAAGACUAUCAUCAUCAAAGAUCACUUACAGAAAAGGCAGGGCAUUCCCUCGAAAAGCCGCCUACCCAGCUACCUGGACAAGGUGCUGAAAAAACGGAUUCUGAACUUCCUGUCGGAGAGCGGCUGGAUAUCCCGAGAAGCCUCCUAACCACACUGUCCAAAGAUUUGGCUGUAAAAAUAAUGACUGUAAAUAUAUUUUUCUACUGUUUUAUAUUGCAUCUCAGAAAAGCCUGUGAAAACAAAAUGACUGUAGGCGCCACACUACUGGAUGUGGGCCUUCAGUCAGUCUAACAUGUCUGCUUUUGGUCUCAGAUCUCCUCAUAGGAACAUAAACAUGGUUAUAGAAGGUACUUAAUCAGUAUCCAUAGGGAACUUUCCAGUAAGUUGUUCUAUGUAAUACGUCAGAAUAUAACACAAAAACCCAUUGCCCCACGUUAAAAUGCCUCCAUUUUGAAUGUGGUUUUCAGUGGUGUUGAAUGUUCCCUGCCAAUAGAGUAUGAACAGAAUGUUUAAUGUUGGACAAAGCAGAUCUUUAAAAUUGGUUCUGAGUUUCUUGUUCUGUAAUAAGAAGGAAACUAGGUCAGGUUGCCAAAAGUCUAAAGUUCCUGUGUUCUAACCUGAAUUUGCCUGUUUUAGUUGGAUAUAUUCUGUUGUGUCAAUUGUGGGAAUGUUGAGUCACAUGAAGCAUGCGCCAUACUAUCUAAAUGUCUGAAGUUCAUGUUUGAUUAUUAUUAUUUUUUGGAGUUAACCUUUAUGAGGUUAUGUUACAUUGAGCAUGUUUCAGAGGCUCAAGUUAAAUGGCACACACCCCGGCUAUAUAAAGUAUUAGUUUGAUGCUUACAUCAAGCUGAUCACCAAUGGAGAAUAUUUACCACGAUGCUCCUGUUUCAAGAGGGUAUUAUUCUUAUUUGUUGGGUAAUGUGAGGGAUACAAGUCAAUACAGCAUCAACGGUUCUCAUCUCAACAAGUUCACAGUUUAUAAGCUGAGACUGAAUGUUAUAACUACAUACUAGUUUUUUAAAUUUCCAAAUGCCUUGACAAAAUCUUCAUGCAAUACCAAAUCUUAGAUUACAACUGUUACUGAAACAUAGUUUUCCAUUAUUUUUAAUGUUAUUAUUGACUGCUUGUGUCUACCCCAAAGCUGUAGAAAGCUAAGAAAAGCACUGUUCACAGAGGCCAAUGCAAAGGUUUCAAAUUUUUACAGUUUUGAAAUGUUUAAUAUAUUAACAGUCAAAUAGAACUGAUAGGCACAGUAUAACUUUAAGACAUUUUUUUUCUAUGUAUACAAUAUUGGAAAUUACUGUGUUUGGGGUAAAUCUGUUGUAAAGGACAAGGUGGUGGUCCUCAUCUGCUUUUAUACCGUCAUUUUUGCCCCAGACAUUGGUACAUAUAAAGUCCCAUAAACAGUCAUUCAUAGUUGAAUAUGCUUAUGCUGUGUGCCUUGAAGCAUAUUUGCCCUGGUUGAUGCUUUUUAUUCCUUUUGCUUGUAAUUAAUAUUAUAUUUUAAUAUUAAAUUGUACCACCUCAAAAAUGUACAAAGAUUAAGGUUUAUAUUAGGUUUUAUUUAGGCUCGAUUGUUUUUCUUCACAUUUCUAUGAUAGAUGUAACUACCCCACACAAUAAUAUUUGACUAAAGCCAUUAAAAGUAGAUGGGCACAGUUGUACUUGGAGAGAAACUCAUCCAAGACAUAUGUAGGAUAUUGGCUGUGUGACCGUUUGAUAAAUGAUGGAUGUAGGCAUGAAGACACUGUGUUAUAUCUCAUGAAACUAGGAAUAAGGAUAUUAUGAACCAAAUGUGUAACUGCCUUUUUAUUUCAUUUGUAUAAAGGUGCUUACAUUUUCAGGAAGGGUUAGUCUUCAGGUUAUGCUUUAUGGUUGUAGGAAACAGGAUCACUGGUUAAAGUACCCAAGCCAUUAUUCAAGACUAGUUUAGUCAACCAACAUUUAAUUGGUUUUGAGGAAAAAUUGACCAGUUUAUUUAAGGGUUAAUAUUUACACUUUAAAAAUCAUUCACUAUGCUAUUUUAGAGAAUAUAAUUAUUUUUGUAAAGUAAAAACUAAUUUGAAAGAAAAUGUGAGCAGAGAUAUGAGAAUGAACAUGACAUCACAAAAAGACACUAUUGCAAGUUCAUUUUUAUAAUUUUUAAAGACAAUGUGACAUUUAAAAACGAUAAGUUUUUUUUUUUUUGCUUAGUUGUCAUGAAUGUUCUCUGGUUAAAAAGUCCAUUUUGGAAAGAUAUAUGUGAAAAUGUUGAGUAUGUGGAAAGUAUUUUAUUGCAUAUGUCAUGUUAUUUCCUACUUUGUAUUAAAGUGUUGAAAUAUAACCUUUUUGUCUGUUAUUAAGCAAAGAAAAUUUCACCAAAAAUGACCAACAAAGGUGUAAAAAUGACUACAUUUUUAAAAGAGGUACAUGCUUUAUUUGACAGUUGUCUGCUUGUUCACAUACUAGAUGGAAAAGUUGAAUCCAAUACCCUUUUAAAUUUGACGUUCACAUUUUUCCAUAAAUUUGACGUUCAUAUUUUUCCAUGAGCACGGCAUAAUUCUAUUCAUAUUACAACCACAAUUUCUAAUGACUGAUUUCUCAAGUGGCCUUAAACGGCCAUCCUUUUCCCCAGAUCUUCACAAAAACCCCAUCAGUAGUUAUUACAAUCAGUGGACUGAAGUGUGAUACUUCAUCAGGUUUGCACACUAUGAAACUAAUGGUGAAAGUUAGCAAGCACAACUGCCAAUAGGCAAAUUAUUGUAAAAUUAUACAUUUUAUUUUUGGAUAAAAUAUUACUUUAAGUCCUGUAAAGAAGACUAAUUAUUCUCUCAUACAAAUGGAAAAAUCUGCAUAACACUGACAAAAAAAGUGGAAUCUAACAACUGCUGUAAUAGACAUCACCAAACUGGUUAAGUUCUUCAGUAAAGUAAUUAAUGUAAGAGCAAAUAAGUAUAAUAAGAAAAGAUGUUCAACAAGGUAAUAUGCUGCAGUGUUUCUUUAAAAGCUUUCGAUUAUUCAAAAGCUUCCGUUUCUUUGGAUCUCAGACGUCCCUGGAAAGGUGAUGAUCCUCCAGAGAAUACUGAUGCAUCCAAUCAAAGAUUCUGUUAAUCUUCUACCUCAUACACACUCAACUCUUAUAUUAUACCCAAUAACUAUUUUUUUACUGAAUCAUUAUUAAUCACAAAGAUUAGUCUGGCAUUGUCCCUCAGUUGUCAAUAUAUUGGAUUUCACCUCUCAGAGGCACAUUUAACAAAAACAAAAAAA